AUGGCAACAUGGAACAGGCAACCAAGAACCACCCAGGACUAUCUGUUCCAAGGCAGACGUGAGGUGUCCACCAUUAAGGGGGGGAGAUCCCUUGGUGUAGAGAUGCCCGCUCUUAUUAAAAAGCUUCAGCAGGACCUGCACCGUAUGGAGGCAAAAUACGAACAAGAAAAAGCAGAGAAGGAUGUGCUGAAGAUAUCACUUCAACCGUUGGUCAACUGCUCCAAAUAUAUUCCCUGCAUGUUGGAGGGAACCCAAUUUAAAGAGAAGGUAGAGGUUUUACGGAGGCUAGUGUCUCAACAGAAGACCAUUAUUGAGGAGAAGGACCAAACAAUUCUGUGUCUCAACACAAAGAUCACAGAGUUAGAGGAUUCCAACAACCAGCUAAAGAAAUCAGCCUCCUUUCCUUCUCUGCCAGCCAAGACCCACGCACUGGACUUUGACCAGGAAAAGGUCUCAGAUCAUGAGGACUCAGAGAGCCCUGAGUUGUCGGUUGAUGACUCAGAGGUCUCGGAUGAGGAAUCGGAGGUCUCAAGAGAGGAAUCAGAGUGCUCAGGAGAGGAAACGGAGUGCUCGGAUGAGGAAUCGGAGGUCUCUAAUGAGGAAUCAGAGUCACAACAGCAGAGCAGGGGCGAAGGUUCCGAGCACACGGCCACGGCGACGCUCCCCGGCGCCUUCUCGGACCUGCUACCUCACUUCCUGGUGGAGCCGGAGGACGAGUUCAUCGUGAAGAACAAGCCGGUGACGCUGACCUGCCGCUCCACCCCGGCCACGCAGAUCUACUUCAAGUGCAACGGCGAGUGGGUUCACCAGGACGACCAUUUGAUCGAGCGGUCGGUUGACCCGGCCACAGCGCUGCCAGUCAUGCAGGUGACAAUUGACAUCACCAGACAGCAGGUGGAGAAGAUCUUCGGUCUGGACGAGUACUGGUGUCAGUGUGUCGCCUGGAGCACCACCGGGACACAGAAGAGCCAAAAAGCCUACAUCCGGAUCGCUUACCUGAGAAAGAACUUUGAGGAGGAGCCGCAGGGUAAAGAGGUGGCGAUGGACCAGGAGGUGUUGCUGCGCUGCCAUCCCCCCGAGGGAGUGCCACAAGCCGAGGUGGAGUGGCAGCGAAACGAGGAUCUGAUCGAGCCGGCGAGCGACCCCAACUUUUUCAUCGCGGCUGACCACAAUCUCCUCAUCAGGAAAGCCCGGCUGGCCGACACGGGCAACUACACGUGUGUGGCCAAGAACAUCGUCGCUCGCCGAAAAAGCACCAGUGCCACGGUCCUGGUCUACGUCAACGGCGGCUGGUCCACGUGGACCACCUGGUCGUCCUGCAGUGCUGUGUGCGGGCGUGGCUGGCAGAAGAGGAGUCGGAGCUGCACCAACCCCACGCCACUGAACGGAGGCACAUCCUGUGAGGGGCAGAACGUCCAGAAAAGUGCCUGCGUGGCCACCUGUCCAGUGGAUGGCGGCUGGAGCGAGUGGAGCAAGUGGUCAGCGUGCGGCGCCGACUGUUCGAUGUGGAGGAGCAGGGAGUGCUCCCAGCCCUCACCUGGCACCGGGGGCAAAGACUGCCAGGGGCUGGACCUCCAGUCUCUCAACUGCACCAGCGAGCAGUGCCCACAGACUGUGAGUGGUUCCGAGGACGUGGCGCUCUACGUCGGCAUGGUGGCGGUGGCCCUGUGUCUCACGCUGCUGCUCAUCGUGGUCGUCCUGGUGUACCGCCGCAAGAAAGAAGGCCUGGACGCCGAUGUGGCGGACUCCUCGAUCCUCACCACUGGCUUCCAGCCCAUGGGCAUCAAGCCCAGCAAGCCAGAGAAUUCCCACUUGCUCACCAUCCACCCCGAUCUCACCACCACCACCACCAGUUACCAAGGCACCCUGCGCUCUCGCCACGACACCGCCGGCAAGUUCUCCAUGACCAACGGGCCCCUGCUGGACCCGCUCCCCAACGGCUCACACACACUGCACAAUGGCAAGCUUAACUCGGACCCUGCAGAGUUUGUGAGCCGGCUGUCAACCCAGAGCUACUUCAAAACGCUGACUCGCGACGUGGCCAACACCUCCUAUGGGACCUUCAACUUCCUGGGAGGGAGGCUGACGAUCCCCAACACAGGAAUCAGUCUGCUCAUUCCUCCCGAGGCCAUCCCCAGAGGGAAGAUCUAUGAGAUUUAUCUCACUGUUCAGAGGAAAGAAGAUUUAAGGUUACCCCUGGCAGGCUGCCAGACCCUGCUUAGCCCCGUUGUGAGUUGUGGCCCUCCGGGGGUGGUCCUGAGCCGGCCGGUUAUCCUCAGCAUGGACCACUGCUCUGACGCAUGCCUCGAUAACUGGGCCGUCCGCCUCAAGAAGCAGAACUACGAGGGCACUUGGGAGGAUGUCUUGCUCAUGGGGGAGGAGCUGGUGUCGGAGCCCUAUUACUGCCAGCUUGAAGCCGAGACGUGCCGGCUGUUCUCCGAGCAGCUGGGCACCUUCGCCUUGGUUGGAGAGUCCCUGCACAUGGGUGCUGCCAAGCGCCUGAGGCUGGUGCUCUUCUCCGACGCGUACUGCUCAACGCUGGAGUACAACAUCAGGGUGUACUGCAUGGACGACACGCAGGACGUCUUCAAGGAGGUGAUGCAGAUGGAACGGCAGCUCGGGGGUCGGCUGAUUGACGAGCCUCACGUCCUCCUCUUCAAAGACAGCUACCACAACCUGCGCUUGUCCAUCCACGACAUGCCCCAGGCGCACUGGAGGAGCAAGCUGCUAGCCGGCUACCAGGAGAUCCCGUUCUACCACAUCUGGAACGGCUCCCAGCGGUACCUGCACUGCACGUUCACUCUGGAGCGGCUCAGCCUCGGCACCUGCGCGCUCACCUGCCAGCUGUGUGUGUGGCAGGUGGAGGGGGAGGGGCAGAGCUUUAGCCUGGACUUCAACAUCGCCAAGGACACCCGAGCUCUGGACUCUGAGUUCCUGUUGAUGGACAGCAACGCCACGGCUCUGGCAGGGCCCAGCGCCUUCCAGAUCCCGUACCUCAUCAGGCAGAAGAUCUGCAGCAGCCUGGAUGCCCCCUGUCCCAACGGAGCUGACUGGAGAAUGCUAGCACAAAGACUUAAACUUGAGAGACACAUGAGUUUCUUUGCAUCCAAAGCGAGCCCAACCUCGAUGAUCCUGGACCUGUGGGAGGCGCAACAUUUCCACAGCGGCAACAUCAACCAGCUGGCCGCGGUCAUGGCUGACAUUGGCAAACAGGAGGCCAUGAUAUUCCUGGUCUCCGAUGGCGAGUGCUAACCCGGAAAACGGAGAAAGAAAGACUGGUGCAGAGAGGGGGAAAAAAAAGUACACAACUACGACAACAACGACACAAAACCCCCCCCCCCCCCCCCCCCCAAGGAUUACCACAGCAGGAAUGGAAGAACGGAAUGGAGUCCCAGUGUCCCUCGUCUCCACUUUAGAAGAUAGUGAAUGGUGUGUGACAUGUCGAGUCCCCAUUUCCCUCCCUCCUCAGAAGUCCUUAACUGACCAAAUGAGGUGAAAGGUAGAGCGCAAGUGCUCUGGGAAAUGUAUCCAUGAGCUCAGAAAACAAAUACUCUUUAUUUUUCCAUCAAAGAUUCCACGUGAAAUUAGUACUCACCCUGCUUCUACUUUCAAGAUCACUUUAAAUGAACGUCAUGCCUUUUUCACACAAACGAGCCGUUUAAGGCUAACGAGGAGCAAUAUGCAAACAUAAUGCUACGACUCAUGUGCGACACAACGCAAAUUCAGCCAAUCAUUUCUGAGGCAAGGUUAAUAGAAAGGGAUGUGACAAAAGAAAGGAGCCAUUCAUUCCGGGUUCAAGAGGCGACGUAUGCAAUCGGCAGGUUCGUCCCAUGACGUCAUCUCACGCUGAACGCCAUUCUCUGUGAACGUCUCCUCCUGUCCACUCACACACACACACACACACACUGACACUGUACAGAUGGACAGCUCCUAUGUGUUGUUUUUUAACACACUCACACACACAUAGGCGGCUUGUAGCACAUCCUGGACUUGCAGGUUUAAAAGAGAUUGUUACGUCAAAGCCCCAAAAACCUGUCUCAUCUUGUUUGUGUGUGUUCUUGGUUUUUUUUUUGGUUUUUUUUUUUUGUUCUAAGUCCAGCCGGUAUCACUACUGUGAAUAUAACAUCUUGACAUCUUGAUUUAGCGAGACGCUUCGCAGCCUUCCUGCUUCUAAAUCGAUAUGUGUGGGGUUCGGGUUCUUUUUAACUUUUUUUUUUUUGAGGGAAGAGUGAGAAAUAGCUUCACUAAAGUCAUAUUUCAGAAGCCAUCUCUAUUUACAGCCUGGGAUUCUUGAUCCGUCCAGUCUCGUUCCGAGUCUUUCCCAAGCCUUUUGUUUUCCUCUCAGAUUCCACGGCUAAUGGAGGAGCCAUAGGGCCACAAGGUGUUCCAGCUGCAUGUGCAGACACAUGCAUGUAUAUCUGGGCACUGAUUGUCCUGAAAACUCAUUUGCAAAAUGACAUUUUCCCCUUGAUUACAUGGCUUCUGAGAUGUAAGACAUAAAAACUUGGCCACGAGGGUUAUUAUCCCACAUGAAUAAUGCAGGGCACUUUCCCACAGAAGAGCUGCCAGCGGAUUCUUCAAAAGUCGUCACCAGAUUCCUCGCGUGGAAAGGCUGAUUGCGCAGCUUUGUUUUGAUAAGUCAUAAAGCAAGUCCCUAUUUGCUGUGUGGCAAAUAGUAUCAGAGCAGUGUCUCGCCGAGAAAGUUAAGAGUGGCUUAUUCGCACUGUCACGCCUCCGCCUCACAAAAGAUUUGCUUUGAACGUGGGUUUCUUUUUUAUUGACAUUUAUAGCCAGUGUGGCAACAACAACAACAAAAAAAAAAAGAUUCAUUUUAGUCUCACAUCAAACCAUAAACCGCAACUGCACAUUCGAUUAUUUUCCUACGUUUUGCUUCUUUGCGUCGAUGUACAGUGUUUGGUUAAUGGAUCUGUCAAGCCAGGCAGCUGCAUACAGUUUAUCUUUGAGCUCCACUGGUUCAGUAAUUACUUUAAAAAAAAAAAAAAAAAAAAAAAAAAAAAGGCAUCAGCAAUCCCAAACUAGCCAUAGUCUCUCCGUCUGCCUCAGGGUCGCAUGUGAAGGUGUGUGUUCAAAGUUGUAGAGGGAGCCCCCCCCACCCGUCAUUAAACCCCCUCUUAUCGCUCCUCAGCUAGCACCGCCCAUCCCGCCAGCUCCUGUGGCUCCAAUCUUUAACACUGACCUGGAGCCUCUUUUAUGAUUGUCAGAUAUUUGGAAUGUACACUUCUGUUUCCCCCUUUGGCGGAGCGCGUCUGUUUUUCCACUUUUAGAAGUUCCCCCCCCCCCCCGUUUUGUUUUUGUACGACAUCUCGGCACCUGCACAAUCCUCAACCGCCUCUUUUUAACCACAUCGAACACGCCUCCUCUCGACCCGCGACCCUUUUUACAAAUCGCUGCAUUGUGUUUCGAUGUAGAUGAGAUACCACCCACCCUUUUCUUUUCUUAUUCCUAUUACCAAACCUUUGAAUCAAGCCCCUUUCAGAUCGAAUUGUGAUACCACCUUAAUAAAUGACUCUUUUCAUGUUGAAAUGGAUCAUCGUCGCGUGGGAUAUGUAAAUACUUUUUCUAUACCAGCCCUGUGCUGUCACUUUGCAUAAUGUAUAUCAGCAGAAUUGGUAACCAAAGUUUUCUGAGUAUCGUUUGAGGCCACUACAUCCUCGCGUUGUAUCCAUUCAGAUAUCGUUCCAGCGUCGUCGUACCUGCCGCUAGUAGAGAACAAGUCGGAGUCGCUGUCUCUUCUUGAAACUAGUCACUAUGGAGUCAUUGCUUUGAUCUACUCUCCUCGCUUUUGUCUUGAGGCAAACUUAACGCUGUCUGUUCCGAGCGGUGACGUGUGUCCGUUUUAUUUGACCACUUUGUAAAGAAAUGUAAAUUAUAUUUUAAUAUAAAGCCAAAAAAAAGACACUUAACUGGCGCAGCAUUUGUCAAGUCUAAACCGUGACGUGUUUGCCUAUAUACUGUUCUUUGGCGAUCUAGCAGUGAAGAAGUUUCGCAGUGUUAAGGGUUUUAGAGACUGUUGUCCAGGAGUUUCUAUACACGUUCUGUUCAUCCUUACAUUGCCUUUGUCUAUUUUUAUGGUUUCUCUUAAGUGUGAGCAUUUACAGAUGAGGUGGAAACGAGACGUAACGCCCGGUGGUGGCUGCGUGGACGGAGAGAGAAACGGCAGUUGUGCAGUCUGACUGUGGGUGAAAUGUUAUCGCCCCUGUACUCGGCUUGGAUGUGUUGUCUAAGCACAUUUCCAGUAAUGUAAUUCACCAGCCACCGGGGGGGGUUUUGCAUCUAUCGCCACAUCUGAGUUGUCCGACAAAUCUGCAAUUACUGUGCGUGCUUGUUCCCCUUCAUGAUGAAACCCGGGUCUGAUAGUUCAGUGGUCGGUAAAACACGAGGUUUGUUUAAAGGCUUUAUCAUUUCACCUGUGUAGCAGAAGGAAACAUCUCUCUGUGUGAAUGUGUGUGUGGUUGUGUGUGAUUGUGUGAUUGUGUGUGUGUGCAUACCACCCUGUCACUCUGAACUGUUUUCUUUUGUGAACUAAAACAUUAGACGUCCGUACUUGUGAAUGUUUUUUCUAUUAAGUUCCUUGAUUCAAUGUUUCCUUGCCUUUUCUGCAAGUCAAAAAUGCUGUAUUUAUUACAUGCCACAGCGCUUAUGCAAUUGUAUAAUCCUUUUAUGGUUUUUAUUAUUGGUUUUGUUUUUUUGACCUUUUGUGUUCCUUAUCGUCAGUGUAAAUUGUUGUCAAAACUUUUGUGGCAAUGGGGAAACUUCUGCUGAGGGAGCUUUCCUGUACUUUUUUGGACAAUGAUCUGGAUUUGUGGGUAGAAUUUUGGAAAUUCGUUUCUAAGUGCUUUCAAGUAUUUACUUGGCCUUAUGUAUAUAUAUAUAUCUAUCUAUGACAUUUCAGAAAGGUAUGUAUAGUAAUUC